AUGUUUGAUUAUCGAGUACCAUUGCAAUGGGUUACUUAUGUAUCAAUCGAUGGUGAUACAGUUAUCGAUCAUGUACAAUGGGGUGGCAAGUAUUAUCCGGUUCCCUAUGAAUCAGGUAUAGUAGAUGGUGGUUUAUUACCAGGUAAAUCGUUGUACAUUACCGGAAUGCCUGAUAAACGUAGCAAACGAUUUAAUAUCAAUUUAUUGAAACAAAACGGUGAUAUCGCUCUCCAUUUCAACCCACGAUUUGAUGAAAAAAUUGUUGUACGUAAUGCAUUAAUUGGUGGUGUUUGGGGUAAAGAGGAACGAGAAGGUAAACUUCCAUUCGCGAAAGAUAAAAUGUUCGAUUUGCAAUUACGUAAUGAAGGUGAUGCAAUACAGAUAACUGUGAAUGGUGAGCUAUUUACGAGAUUUGUACAUCGAUCAGAACCAAACGAUAUAGUGGGUGUUCAGAUACAGGGUGAUGUGGAGAUCAGUGGAAUUCAAAUACAGUGA